AUGUCUUCUCAGCCUCUUCUCCAGACCACCCCCGGCAAGCGCAUCGCCCUGCCCACUCGCGUCGAGCCCAAGGUCUUCUUCGCCAACGAACGAACGUUCCUAUCAUGGCUCAACUUCACCGUUAUCCUUGGUGCCCUUGCCAUUGGUAUGCUCAACUUCGGUGACAGAGUCGCAUUCAUCUCGGCAUUCCUAUUCACCGGCGUUGCUAUGUGUACCAUGGUAUAUGCACUUGUGACCUACCAUUGGCGAGCCCAGUCUAUACGUAUGAAGGGACAGGCUGGUUUCGAUGACCGUUUUGGUCCUACAGUUCUGGCCAUCAUCCUUCUCUUGGCUGUCGUUGUCAACUUCGUCCUCCGAAUCACCGACAAGUCCAAGAACCACUCCAACUAG